CUACGUAACCAAUGCGGAAGCGGAUGUGUUUGAACGGUAACCAACUGACAGCGUGUAGCACCACAGCUAGCUGUACUUGUAGUUAAUACUGUGGAAGUUAUCUGAUAUAAACUUUUUGUAUACUUGUUUAAAAAAAAACAGAAAGGCACUUUUUUAUCAUGGAGUCAUUGCACGAGCUGCUAAGAGAUCCGAUAUAUUGGAUAGGUGUUGUCACUGUGGCCUGGCUGUCGCUGUGCACUCUGUGCUUUCUGAUAAAAGGGAUCCGUGUGUGGAUUGUGGGCAAUGGUAAUUUGGUCAGAGCCUCCAAACUCGGGAAAUGGGCAGUUGUGACUGGGGCCACCGAUGGAAUCGGAAAAGCCUAUGCGGAGGAGCUUGCUCGACGAGGUUUUGCUAUUGUUCUCAUCAGCCGUACACAGGAGAAGCUGGAUGAAGUGUCCAAAGCUAUCGAGAGCAAGUAUAACGUUGAGACCAAAACCAUUUCUGCGGACUUUGGAUCUGUCGACAUCUACCCUAAGAUUGAGUCUGGACUGGCUGGCCUUGAAAUAGGAGUUUUAGUUAACAAUGUUGGAGUGUCUUAUUCAUACCCAGAGUUCUUCCUAAACAUUCCUAAUAUUGACAGCUUCAUCGACAAUAUGAUCAACAUCAACAUUACGUCGGUUUGUCAGAUGACACGAUUGGUAUUGCCCAGGAUGGCUGAUAGGUCUAAAGGAGUGAUCUUGAAUAUUGCCUCAGCUAGUGGCAUGUACCCAGUUCCUCUCCUCACUCUCUAUUCUUCCACAAAGGCCUUUGUGGAUUUUUUCUCCCGUGGACUUGAUGCUGAGUACCAAAGUAAAGGGGUCAUUGUACAGAGUGUGCUGCCAUUUUUUGUGACAACCAAAUUGAGCAAGAUCAAGAGAGCCUCUCUUGACAUUCCCACUCCUGAACGCUACGUCAAAGCCCAGCUGAGCACUGUGGGCCUGCAAUCACAGUCGAACGGCUACCUACCCCAUGCCAUCAUGGGCUGGGUGACCACUUCUCUGCUUCCUACAAAACUUCUGAACAAAUACGUCAUGAGCAUGGGGUUGUCCCAGCGUGCCCGCUUUCUGAAGAAACAGAAGCAAGGUUAGAAGAGGAAAAAUGAACAGGCUGAAGGAUGGUGUGACAUAAUGGGGAAAGAAGGGACCAAUCAGAAAUUUGAAUCUCUUCCCUUUUGCUAUCAGGGGCCAAGAGCAGUCUCACCAAACUGUUCCUUAUUUGUCUGUCUGUUUCCAUUGAACUAGUUUGAGCCAAACAAUGCAUUUUACAGACAUCAGAGUGGUGUAUUGAGCUUUGGAGAGUUGUAGCUAACCAAAACAUGAUUGCUUGAAAAGUAUGACCAACAUUUCUUAUUAGUUUGACUAAAUGAUUAUGGCUACAGAAUAGCUUAAGUCUAUGUAAUGUUAUUUGUAAUGCAACAAUCGCUAAGCACUGAUUUUUCCUAGUCAUUUACUAGUUUUCUAGUAAAAGUCAUCUGUUAAACAUAAGUUAAAAGAAACAUGUUUCCAAUUUCUAUGAAAUAUCUAUUUGCAUCAAAAGCAUAUCCAUUAUUUCAAUCAAAAUAAAUGAUCAUCCCUCUUCCUGCAUUUUUUUAAACCUUGGAAACCCAUGGGGUCAAAUUUGGCCGCUGUUAAUUGCUGUUACCCAAGGCUCUCCAGGGUUAAAAAUUGGUCAGGAUGAAUGAAUUGCAAAAUCUUCCAUCUGACUCUGCAGUUAUUUACAAGCUAUAUAAACUACUUAUGCUUAUCACAGAUGGCACUAUGAAUUUUAAUUCAAAAGAGAUACAGCUUUAUUGCACUAACACUGCUGUGAAAAGUUUAUGUCCUUUAUGUUGUGCAUUAGAAAUGUUUUCAACUGAUGAUUAACUUUGUAUUGCUGGUACUGCUGAUGUUAGGAUGCAAAUUUCAGUGAAAUGUACUGUAUAAGGUGUUUAUUUGGUAGAGAAAUUGAAAGCUUAGGCCUCAGUUCCGUUAUUAAAUCUGUCAUUGGCCGUGCACUGUUUUCACUAAAACAACACUAUACUAUACACAGUAUUCCUAAACCAUGUGAUAUUUUUCAGGUUUCAGUGUGAAUAACUUUUACAUAAUGUCAGUGUAAAGUCUGCAACCACAGAGUGGAGAGAACAACAGCAGCACUUGACUGUAAUGCUGAAGGAUCCAUACAAUGAGCAUGAUCUCUCUUUGUUGAGUGCCAAAUCCUGAGAGCUGUCCUUCUGCUCCCUCCCUGUUGCGCGCCGCAUGCGUACUGCUUGUUCCUGGCAGCAACGAGGUGAUUCCGGAGGAUACGAAUGGAAGUCGGAAGUGUGACAGUCCUGCGAAAGGGGAGGAGCCUGGAGAAAAUCAGUCAUUGAGUGGGAAGAGAAGACUUAUAUAAAGCUGCACAGUAGCAGUGGGUUGCAAACACUCAAGACGGAUACUGAACAAGAACAACAAACAGACUGAAGAAUAUCUUUUCAUCUGCUUUUGUUACUAGCAGUCUGGCACUUCUUGGCUUUCAAAGUGUGGUUUUGGAGGACUGAUUCACUUGGAAGAACUUCAGUUGGACACGGAGGUGUAUCGUCCACAGUUUUGCCAUAAGAGUUUGAAUAAUCUUUCUUCCCUCAUCAAGCCUACAAUCUCUCGGGAAUGACCACACAUUCGACAAGGAAGAGCAAUGCUUUUCCCACUCAUCAGAUGGCUUUGGCUAUGGAGGAAUUUCCCCAGCGGGUAUCCAGGGCCCAAGCCUGUGAGAGGGCCCGGUCCAUUUCUCGAAAGAGGACCCAGUUUACCUGUAGUAAAAUCAUAGAGGAGGUGGAAGAGGACAUACCAUAUCCAGUGGAUGAGGACAAAGCACGGCGUUCCUUCUUGCAGUCACUUGAGAGUCUGCGCAGAUGCAUACAGGGCCGUCAGUGACUCAAGGAGCAUGCAGGCCAGCAUGGACCUCAUAACCUUUACAGACAGAAAGACUGAGAUUCAGUGUAAUGGACACCAUUUUUAAAUGUCAGGGUAUGCUUCACAAUAAAGCUAGAAUGAUUUUCACAAAAAAAAUUAUCUACCAAAGAUAGGUAUAGUAAUUAUGUUCUUAUGUUGUUUAUUAAAUGAAUACUAUUUAUUUUCAGAAUGCUUUAUGAUUGUUUUUUGCACUAGUAAAUGGCUAAUGUGUAGCAUGUAGCCUUUGCAUGUGUGUCAAUCUGGCAAAGAAAAGCUGUGGAGCUUUGAUGGGCCACACAUUGUAAUGGAACGAGAGCAUGAAAUUUGUCAGCAGCAAAAUAUCUCAUGCUUUUACUGUUAAAGCAGUUGUUGUACAUUUAUACAACCUUGACAAUAAAGUCAAUUUUGGUAUAGAAAUA